AUGGUUCGGGUGCGGGCUGUGGUGAUGAGCCGAGACGACUCAAGCGGGGGUUGGGUGCCCAUGGGUGGCGGCGGCCUGAGUCACGUGAUGAUCUGUAAGGUCCGUCGCCCGGAAGAGGGGCGUCACCGGCAGUACCUGAUCAGUGGGGAGCGCCUUCGGGACCAGACGACCAUCUUGGAGUGCACACUGAAGAGGGACCUUGUCUACAACAAGGUGAACCCCAUUUUCCACCACUGGAAAGUGGGAGACAGCAAGUUCGGCCUCACUUUCCAGAGCCCUGCGGAUGCUGUGGCCUUCGAGAAAGGAGUGCAAGCUGCCCUGGAGGAGAUCACAGAAGGUUCCCUUUCACCUUCCUCUUCCUCCUCCUCGCAGGAUGAAGCCAAUGGAACAGACGAAGCUCUUGCUGUGCACACAGACAGCGAGUCUUCAUCAAACAGUCGGAAGGAAAUGCUUCCAAAGCCCGUCACAAUUGUGACCAGCGAGUCUUCAUCCAGCUGCUACCUCCGUUCGCCGGUCUCAGAAGAGUUCUCGUUUGGCACCGCGCAGGGGGCGAUGUCAGCAGGACAGGGCCAGCCGCAGCUCCUGCAGCAGCUAACCCUUCCGGAAGAAGAGGAUCUGGAUAGCAUCAACCCCUGCAAAGAUCUCUGGGUAACCAAAGGGUACGAGGAUUACCGGCGGGCUGUGGUUCAGAAGCGCCAGCCCGACCCCGACAAGAUCGACAUGUGUGUGCACUUUGAGAAGGCCGGGGGAAGCGGGGGCAAGUCCCCACGGGAGAAAGAGUAUUGCUUCCCACCCGGGGCUGAAGGGCGGCUCAAGGACCCCAAAGCCUCUCCCUCCUGUCGCAUCCACGGUGCCCCAUCACCCCCCAAACACAAGUCCCUAAAGGACCCGCAGCAGCAACAGGGGGCUGCAGGGGGAGAGGAAGACACGGUGCCCUCUCGCUGCGUCUACUGCCGGGACGUCUUUAACAAUGAGGAAAACGGGCGUGGGCAGUGCCAGGACGCUCCCGACCCUAUCGGCCGUUGUGUCUACCAGUUCACUUGUAUGUGGUGUGCUGAGAGCAUGCUCUACCACUGCAUGUCGGACUCCGAGGGAGAGUAUUCGGACCCUUGCUCUUGCGACACUGGCCACCCUCACUUCUGCAUCCGCUGGAUGGCCUUGGUCACCCUUUCCCUCGUGGUCCCUUGCAUGUGCUGCUACUUACCCCUCCACGCCUGUCACUGGUGCGGUGAGCAUUGCGGCUGUUGUGGUGGGAAGCACAAGGCGGUGCGGUGA